AUGGUCAACACGUUGGCGUGGAUUCGGACCCUGCCCGUGACGGUGGUGGUCUGUUUUGGUGUGAUCUCGGCUCGGCUGCUGAUUACAAGGGUUGACUACGACACCAACCCGGACUACGUCACGAUGAGGGUGCGAAUAAACAAUGAGUCGGUGGGCAGCACGGUCGACAUCGAGGGCACCCUGUUCGUCGACCUGACGCAAGGCAUAUUCGCCGGGAUCGAGGUUGAGACGAAGGUGGACGGCGAGUUCACGUCGGUGGCCGGCACCAACAAGGAGCUGUGCGGUGAAGCAGAUAUGCAGCUGGACCCGAUGGUCGCACUGCUGAACGAGGAGCUACAUAAGUUUGGCAACUUGACCUUCAUGUGCCCGUACCACAAGGGCUUCUACUCGGUCAGCCGCUUCCACAUGCCGGACGACCACAUGGCGGUCACGAUGCUGCCGGCCGGCGACUACUGUCUGAAGAUGGACCUGAUGCACCAGCCGGCGAACGAGACCAAGAAGGUGCUGCUGUUCAAGCUGACGAUCUACACUACGCUCACGCCAAGUGGUCCAUCCGUCGAAUAA